CCCCGGCGUUCCCAGGUGUCGCCGAGGGUCCUUUGGGCCAGGACUGUAAACUGGGGUCCUGGAGUUAGUCUUGGGAUGGCGGUGGGGGCUCGCUGCGCCGAGCCACGGCGUCCUCGCUCUCGCACGCUCUCCUUUCCGACGGCAAAACCGCGCGGAGCAGGCGGCGUCGCGGACGUGACGUAAUCGCGAGGCGCCGCGCGCGUCCAGAGGGAUCCUUGACCUCUCGGCGUGGGGAGCUGCGCCGCAAUGCUGCGGCUAGUCCGGGUCGGGGCGCGGGCCUGGCUGCCUUCCACCCGCUGCCAGGGCCUGAGCGUGCUGGCGGAAGAGGCAGUGCAGCCGCCAGAGAAGCCAGAGCUGGUGACGAGCGCGGGUCCCCAGGCACCGGUACUGCGCAAGUGCGAGCUUCCCAUACCCUCACACCGGCGUCCGGUGCAGGCCUGGGUCGAGUCCCUGCGGGGCUUCGAGCAGGAGCGCGUAGGCCUGGCCGAGCUGCACCCCGACAUUUUCUCCACGGCGCCCAGGCUGGAUAUCCUGCACCAGGUCUCCAUCUGGCAGAAGAACUUCAAGAGAAUUAGCUAUGCCAAGACCAAGACUAGAGCUGAGGUGCGGGGUGGUGGCCGGAAGCCCUGGCCACAGAAAGGCAGUGGACGCGCAAGGCAUGGCAGUAUCCGCUCCCCAAUCUGGCGAGGAGGAGGCGUUGCCCAUGGCCCCCGGGGCCCCACAAGCUACUACUACAUGCUGCCCAUGAAAGUGCGGGUGCAGGGCCUCAAAGUGGCGCUGACUAUCAAGCUGGCCCAGGACAACCUGCACAUUGUGGACUCCCUGGAGCUGCCAACCGCAGACCCUCAGUACUUAACGGAGCUGGCCUGCUACCGCCGUUGGGGGGACUCCGUGCUCCUAGUGGACUUAGCAUAUGAGGAUAUGCCUCAGAACAUUGUGACAGCCACAUUGGGGCUUAAGACCUGCAACCUGGUCCCAGCUGUGGGCUUGAACGUGCACAGCAUGCUGAAGCACCAAACGCUGGUCCUGACCCUGCGGACUGUUGCCUUUCUGGAGGAGAAGCUGCUCUGGCAGGACUCACGCUACACACCCCUCUACCCCUUCCGCCUACCCUACUGUGACUUCCCCUGAGCCCCAACCCUGUGCCUCAGGGACCAUCAGCUGCCUUCCUUUCUGCACUGCUCUCCAUGCCAGGUGCCUGCUCUGAGCCAGGCUAAGCCCUUGGCCAGUUUGGGGGCCGUGCACCCACUCUGCAAGUGCAGCACUGCCCAGACUCCCUUUUCCCAGUAGGAAGCUGAGGCCACAAGGAGUGGCUGGGCAGGCUUCAUGACUGGGAAGGGGCAACUCAGCAGAGAGCCUGAUCAAGCUCCUGCCCAGUUCUCCUUUCUGUUUUCAAGAUAAGCUUUAUUUUUUAAUUACAGAGGAGAAACAGAAUAGCUCAUUGCUAUGUUGUGAAUAAUUCCAUCCAGCAAGUCAGGCUCUUUCCUCGGUGCUGGGCAGCUCCAGUACCUCUCUCCUCAAGGGGUGACCUCAGUGCUGUUUGUAGAAAUGACCCAGAGUCAGCUUCCCUAGAGUGAGUUAGCCUCUGGGAACUCACAGAAGAAGGGGAGUAUUGCCCUUUCCUAGGAACCUGCUCCUGGCACCUCCUGGCUUCCAGGCACUGUCACUGUAUACUUGCUUUCUUGACAGGGUUUGGGGUCCCAUUUAUUAUGGUCCUUCAGUCCGCCAUGCGGGUUUGAUUUCACAAGUAGGUGCCGUAUGCAAACCUGAGCUUCCAUCACAAUGAUUUGCCCCGAAUGCAGAGUCAGAAACAAUGUGGUCAAUAAAUGAGAGAAUAAACACAUUUUAAAAAACACUAAA